AAAAAUUAUAUAUGUACAAGCAGCUUAUUGGCAAUAUUGGCAUUAUUAUCAUAACUUUCGCUGCAAUCAGUCAGUACAGUUCUCCCACUGAGCAAUUGAACAUUUCGUGCGCGAAAGUGGUUUUUUAUCAAAGUUUUGUUGAUAAGUCAAAAAUUUAUCUAUCUCUUUAAAAUUAUAAUAGAAAAUUUGGCAUACAUCUAAACACAACUGUUUUUAUAAAAAAAAAAAAGUUACAAUGCAUCAAGCAAUGUUAUGUUGUAAUGGUGUACAAACACAAAUUAUAACUGAAGGAAGAUGGGUAGAAGAAGGCCUAGCAUCAUCUGGAAAAAAAGAUUUAGUACUGGUAAUUCCAGGUAAUCCUGGUGUUCCUGGUUUUUAUAAAAAAUUCAUUAAAUAUGUUAAAUUACAAUUACCAACUGAGGUACCAGUAUGGGUAGUUGGACAUGCUGGUCACGUUCAGCCACCAAAACAUCUUGCUUUUUCAUCAAGUGAAAGCUCUCAUAAUAAUUUAUUCAAUUUAAAUGGUCAACUACGCCACAAGAUUGAAUUUAUCAAAGAAUACGUUCCAAAAGAUGCUAAAUUACAUAUUGUUUGUCAUUCAAUUGGCUCUUGGUUUGCUUUGAAACUUCUUGAAGAUGAAGAACUUGCUAAACAAGUUGUUAAAUGUUAUCUUUUAUUUCCAACAAUUGAAUAUUUGGCUGAAACACCUAGUGGAACAUUUUUAAAUACUUUUCUUCCCAUAUUAUCACCUUUCCUUGUUCUUUUUGCUUGGAUAUUUUCAUUCUUUUCUAAAUUUAUUCAAAGAAUAUUAAUACUAAUAUUUGGUCUUUUUUUUGGAGUAACAAGUGAAUCAGUUGAUCCAGUAUUGCAUUUACUAAAUCCAUUGGUGCUAAAUCGUGUAUUUAAACUUGCAAUUGAAGAAUUAAAAACAGUACGUGAAAUUAAUCAUAAUGUUAUUGAAAAAUAUCCAAAAAAAUUAUUUUUAUAUUAUGGUGCAAGUGAUGGCUGGACACCUAUCACAUACUAUGAAAGAUUUAAAAAUAAAUUUCCAUCAGUUGAUGUUGAAUUAUGUAGUCGUGGUUUUAGACAUGCAUUUGUAUUAACAGAUGCAAAAGGAGUUGGUCUUAUGAUUGGAAAUAUGAUCAACAAAACAAUCGAAUAAAUUUUAAUUGUUUUUAUGUCAUAGAUUAAUUAUGUGUGUGUGAAUAUUUUAUAUUGAAAUCCUAAUUUAAUCAACUACAAAUAUAUAUUCAAACAAAAUAAAAAUAAUUACACAAUGUUAUCAUAUUGACAUUUUAUAAUUAUUUUUAAUUUGUAUAUAGUAACAGCUAAUCUAACUUGAAUUCUUGGCUUUAUGUGUUGAUAUUUAAAUGUCGUAAAAAGUGCUAAUAAAUUGAAUGUAAGUUUUAAUAAUCAACACCAAAAAUGGCUUGAAUUUUUUGAAAUAUUAAUGCAACAAUUAUAAUUAAUGUUUAUAUAUAAUGUUUUUUUAUAUUAUAUAAAAAAUAACUAACACUUGAAAAUUAAAAAGUCUGAGAUGCAAUUUUAAAUAAU